AUGGACCAGGAGUGUGUGUCUGAUAAGGCAGAGGGAUUGCAGCAGGACAGAACACCAUUCGAGAAUUCUAAAAAAUCGCUCAGAUUGGACAAGGAGUGUGCGUCUGAUAAGACACAGGGACCGCAGCAGGAGAGAGCGUCUGAUGCCUCUCAUAAUGGAAACCAGCCGGAGUAUGCGGUAGGAGGGGCGUCGUUAGUUGCUGCUAUAGUCACAGCCACGGAUGUUUAUGUGAUUAAUUUGGGGGAUAGUAGAGCUGUGAUUGUAAGGGGGGAGGAGAUGGGGAGGGGGUUGGGAGGGUUGUUGAGGAAGGGGAGUGGGAGGCGUGUGAGGGGGGUGAGGGUGGAGGAAAGGGGGGAAAGUGGGGGAUGGGGAAGUGCGGGAGGGGGAAGUGGGGGAAGAAGGGGAGGGGGAAUUGGUGGUAGCAGUGGCGGAAUUGAGACAGCAGGGGAAGUGGGAGCGAGGGGGGAGAAGGUGGAGAAGGGGGAGAGAGGGGAGAAAGGGGAAAAGGGAGAGAUUAGUCAGGCCGUUGGGAGAAUGGAGGGCAUGGAAAGCAGGGGUGCAUGUGAAGGGGGAGAGCUUGGAGGCGGAGGAAUAGGGGACAAGGGGAAGGCAGGAGGAGUAGGAGGAGGGGAGAGCGGUGGAGGCAGAGGAGGGGGAGUGUGGAGGUGGAAGGCUGAGAGACUGACAGUUGACCACAACACGAGCAAUGCAGCUGAGGUGCAGCAGGCGCAUGCAGACAGCGACAUCAUCAAGAGGGGGCGACUCAAGGCCAAGAUCAAGCUCACACGCGCCUUCGGUGACUCGGUUCCCACUCUGCCCCCGCUCCCUGUCUCACACCCGCAUGCAAUUCGCAGGAGCAAGAAGUGGAUUGGGACAGGAGUGGGGGAAGAGAGAGAACGUGGGGGAAGGGAUGGUGAAGGAGGUAGUGGUAGUUGCUUGUCAGUAUCAGUGGCAGAAAGAGCAGGAGGAACAGGGGGAGCAGGAGCAGCAGGGGGAGCAGGGGCAGCAGGGGGAGCGGGAGCAGCAAGGGGAGCAGGAGCAGCAGGGGCAGCAGGGGGAGCAGGGGCAGCAGGGGCAGCAGGGGCAGCAGGGGCAGCAGGGGCACCAGGGGCAGCAGGGGCAACAGGGGCAGCAGGGGCAGCAGGGGCAGCAGGGGCAGCAGCAGCAGGAGCAGGGGCAGGGGAACGGUCCAGAACGGGAACAGCAGUAACAGACAACCAAAUCACGUGCAACGGCAGCAGCAGCAGCAUUGGAGAGGGGCUGGUGAGAGAAGCACUUGCGGUGGCUACUGAGAGCUCUCAAAAACCACCUGUUGCAACUCAAAGCACGAGCAGCAGCAACAACAGCAAUAUUGCAGAGGGGUUGGUGCGAGAAGCUCUUGAGAGAGCUGCAGGGCACACAGGCACCCACCCCUCCGCCCUCUCCUCUCUCCCCCUCGGCACCCAGCGCAGGAAGAUUCACGACGAUAUCUCGGUUAUUCAGCAGCAGCAGCAGAGCAGCAGCAGCAGCAGCAGAUCAGCAGCAGCAGCAGAUCAGCAGCAGCAGCAGAUCAGCAGCAGCAGCAGAUCAGCAGCAGCAGCAGAUCAGCAGCAGCAGCAGAUCAGCAGCAGCAGCAGAUCAGCAGCAGCAGAUCAGCAGCAGCAGAUCAGCAGCAGCAGCAGCAGAUCAGCAGCAGCAGCAGAUCAGCAGCAGCAGCAGAUCAGCAGCAGCAGAUCAGCAGCAGCAGAUCAGCAGCAGCAGAUCAGCAGCAGCAGCAGCAGAUCAGCAGCAGCAGCAGAUCAGCAGCAGCAGCAGAUCAGCAGCAGCAGCAGAUCAGCAGCAGCAGCAGAUCAGCAGCAGCAGCAGAUCAGCAGCAGCAGCAGAUCAGCAGCAGCAGCAGAUCAGCAGCAGCAGCAGAUCAGCAGCAGCAGCAGAUCAGCAGCAGCAGCAGAUCAGCAGCAGCAGCAGCAGCAGAUCAGCAGCAGCAGCAGAUCAGCAGCAGCAGCAGCAGCAGAUCAGCAGCAGCAGCAGAUCAGCAGCAGCAGCAGAUCAGCAGCAGCAGAUCAGCAGCAGCAGCAGAUCAGCAGCAGCAGCAGCAGAUCAGCAGCAGCAGCAGAUCAGCAGCAGCAGCAGAUCAGCAGCAGCAGCAGAUCAGCAGCAGCAGCAGAUCAGCAGCAGCAGCAGAUCAGCAGCAGCAGCAGAUCAGCAGCAGCAGCAGAUCAGCAGCAGCAGCAGAUCAGCAGCAGCAGCAGAUCAGCAGCAGCAGCAGAUCAGCAGCAGCAGCAGAUCAGCAGCAGCAGCAGCAGAUCAGCAGCAGCAGCAGAUCAGCAGCAGCAGCAGAUCAGCAGCAGCAGAUCAGCAGCAGCAGCAGAUCAGCAGCAGCAGAUCAGCAGCAGCAGAUCAGCAGCAGCAGCAGCAGAUCAGCAGCAGCAGAUCAGCAGCAGCAGCAGCAGAUCAGCAGCAGCAGAUCAGCAGCAGCAGCAGCAGAUCAGCAGCAGCAGCAGCAGAUCAGCAGCAGCAGCAGCAGCAGCAGCAGCAGCAGCAGCAGAUCAGCAGCAGCAGCAGCAGAUCAGCAGCAGCAGCAGCAGCAGAGCAGCAGCAGCAGCAGCAGAUCAGCAGCAGCAGCAGCAGAUCAGCAGCAGCAGAUCAGCAGCAGCAGCAGCAGAUCAGCAGCAGCAGAUAAGCAGCAGCAGCAGCAGAUCAGCAGCAGCAGCAGCAGAGCAGCAGCAGCAGCAGCAGAUCAGCAGCAGCAGCAGAUCAGCAGCAGCAGCAGAUCAGCAGCAGCAGCAGAUCAGCAGCAGCAGCAGAUCAGCAGCAGCAGCAGAUCAGCAGCAGCAGCAGAUCAGCAGCAGCAGAUCAGCAGCAGCAGCAGCAGAUCAGCAGCAGCAGCAGAUCAGCAGCAGCAGCAGAUCAGCAGCAGCAGAUCAGCAGCAGCAGAUCAGCAGCAGCAGAUCAGCAGCAGCAGCAGCAGAGCAGCAGCAGCAGCAGCAGAUCAGCAGCAGCAGAUCAGCAGCAGCAGCAGAUCAGCAGCAGCAGCAGAUCAGCAGCAGCAGCAGAUCAGCAGCAGCAGCAGAUCAGCAGCAGCAGCAGAUCAGCAGCAGCAGCAGAUCAGCAGCAGCAGCAGAUCAGCAGCAGCAGCAGAUCAGCAGCAGCAGCAGCAGCAGAUCAGCAGCAGCAGCAGAUCAGCAGCAGCAGCAGAUCAGCAGCAGCAGAUCAGCAGCAGCAGAUCAGCAGCAGCAGCAGAUCAGCAGCAGCAGCAGCAGAUCAGCAGCAGCAGCAGAUCAGCAGCAGCAGCAGAUCAGCAGCAGCAGCAGAUCAGCAGCAGCAGCAGAUCAGCAGCAGCAGCAGAUCAGCAGCAGCAGCAGAUCAGCAGCAGCAGCAGAUCAGCAGCAGCAGCAGAUCAGCAGCAGCAGCAGAUCAGCAGCAGCAGCAGAUCAGCAGCAGCAGCAGAUCAGCAGCAGCAGAUCAGCAGCAGCAGCAGAUCAGCAGCAGCAGCAGCAGAUUAGCAGCAGCAGCAGAUCAGCAGCAGCAGAUCAGCAGCAGCAGCAGAUCAGCAGCAGCAGAUCAGCAGCAGCAGAUCAGCAGCAGCAGCAGAUCAGCAGCAGCAGAUCAGCAGCAGCAGAUCAGCAGCAGCAGCAGAUCAGCAGCAGCAGCAGCAGAUCAGCAGCAGCAGCAGAUCAGCAGCAACAGCAGAUCAGCAGCAACAGCAGAUCAGCAGCAGCAGCAGAUCAGCAGCAACAGCAGAUCAGCAGCAACAGCAGAUCAGCAGCAGCAGCAGAUCAGCAGCAGCAGCAGAUCAGCAGCAGCAGCAGAUCAGCAGCAGCAGCAGAUCAGCAGCAGAUCAGCAGCAGCAGCAGAUCAGCAGCAGCAGCAGAUCAGCAGCAGCAGCAGAUCAGCAGCAGCAGCAGCAGCAGCAGCAGCAGAUCAGCAGCAGAGCAGCAGCAGCAGCAGAUCAGCAGCAGAGCAGCAGCAGCAGCAGAUCAGCAGCAGAGCAGCAGCAGCAGCAGAUCAGCAGCAGAGCAGCAGCAGCAGCAGAUCAGCAGCAGAGCAGCAGCAGCAGCAGAUCAGCAGCAGAGCAGCAGCAGCAGCAGAGCAGCAGCAGAGCAGCAGCAGCAGCAGAUCAGCAGCAGAGCAGCAGCAGCAGCAGAUCAGCAGCAGAGCAGCAGCAGCAGCAGAUCAGCAGCAGAGCAGCAGCAGCAGCAGAUCAGCAGCAGAGCAGCAGCAGCAGCAGAUCAGCAGCAGAGCAGCAGCAGCAGCAGAUCAGCAGCAGAGCAGCAGCAGCAGCAGAUCAGCAGCAGAGCAGCAGCAGCAGCAGAUCAGCAGCAGAGCAGCAGCAGCAGCAGAUCAGCAGCAGAGCAGCAGCAGCAGCAGAUCAGCAGCAGAGCAGCAGCAGCAGCAGAUCAGCAGCAGAGCAGCAGCAGCAGCAGAUCAGCAGCAGAGCAGCAGCAGCAGCAGAUCAGCAGCAGCAGAUCAGCAGCAGCAGAUCAGCAGCAGCAGAUCAGCAGCAGCAGCAGCAGAGCAGCAGCAGCAGCAGCAGAUCAGCAGCAGCAGCAGAUCAGCAGCAGCAGCAGAUCAGCAGCAGCAGCAGAUCAGCAGCAGCAGCAGAUCAGCAGCAGCAGCAGAUCAGCAGCAGCAGCAGAUCAGCAGCAGCAGCAGAUCAGCAGCAGCAGCAGAUCAGCAGCAGCAGAUCAGCAGCAGCAGCAGAUCAGCAGCAGCAGCAGCAGAUCAGCAGCAGCAGCAGAUCAGCAGCAGCAGCAGAUCAGCAGCAGCAGCAGAUCAGCAGCAGCAGCAGAUCAGCAGCAGCAGCAGAUCAGCAGCAGCAGCAGAUCAGCAGCAGCAGCAGAUCAGCAGCAGCAGCAGAUCAGCAGCAGCAGCAGAUCAGCAGCAGCAGCAGAUCAGCAGCAGCAGAUCAGCAGCAGCAGCAGAUCAGCAGCAGCAGCAGCAGAUCAGCAGCAGCAGAUCAGCAGCAGCAGCAGAUCAGCAGCAGCAGCAGAUCAGCAGCAGCAGAUCAGCAGCAGCAGCAGAUCAGCAGGAGCAGCAGAUCAGCAGCAGCAGAUCAGCAGCAGCAGAUCAGCAGCAGCAGCAGAUCAGCAGCAGCAGCAGCAGAUCAGCAGCAGCAGCAGAUCAGCAGCAACAGCAGAUCAGCAGCAACAGCAGAUCAGCAGCAGCAGCAGAUCAGCAGCAACAGCAGAUCAGCAGCAACAGCAGAUCAGCAGCAGCAGCAGAUCAGCAGCAGCAGCAGAUCAGCAGCAGCAGCAGAUCAGCAGCAGCAGCAGAUCAGCAGCAGCAGCAGAUCAGCAGCAGCAGCAUAUCAGCAGCAGCAGCAGCAGCAGCAGCAGAUCAGCAGCAGAGCAGCAGCAGCAGCAGAUCAGCAGCAGAGCAGCAGCAGCAGCAGAUCAGCAGCAGAGCAGCAGCAGCAGCAGAUCAGCAGCAGAGCAGCAGCAGCAGCAGAUCAGCAGCAGAGCAGCAGCAGCAGCAGAUCAGCAGCAGAGCAGCAGCAGCAGCAGAUCAGCAGCAGCAGAUCAGCAGCAGCAGAUCAGCAGCAGAUCAGCAGCAGCAGCAGCAGAGCAGCAGCAGCAGCAGCAGAUCAGCAGCAGCAGCAGAUCAGCAGCAGCAGCAGAUCAGCAGCAGCAGCAGAUCAGCAGCAGCAGCAGAUCAGCAGCAGCAGCAGAUCAGCAGCAGCAGCAGAUCAGCAGCAGCAGCAGAUCAGCAGCAGCAGCAGAUCAGCAGCAGCAGAUCAGCAGCAGCAGCAGAUCAGCAGCAGCAGCAGCAGAUCAGCAGCAGCAGCAGAUCAGCAGCAGCAGCAGAUCAGCAGCAGCAGCAGAUCAGCAGCAGCAGCAGAUCAGCAGCAGCAGCAGAUCAGCAGCAGCAGCAGAUCAGCAGCAGCAGCAGAUCAGCAGCAGCAGCAGAUCAGCAGCAGCAGCAGAUCAGCAGCAGCAGCAGAUCAGCAGCAGCAGAUCAGCAGCAGCAGCAGAUCAGCAGCAGCAGCAGCAGCAGAUCAGCAGCAGCAGAUCAGCAGCAGCAGAUCAGCAGCAGCAGCAGCAGCAGCAGAUCAGCAGCAGCAGCAGAUCAGCAGCAGCAGAUCAGCAGCAGCAGAUCAGCAGCAGCAGAUCAGCAGCAGCAGAUCAGCAGCAGCAGCAGAUCAGCAGCAGCAGCAGAUCAGCAGCAGCAGCAGAUCAGCAGCAGCAGCAGAUCAGCAGCAACAGCAGAUCAGCAGCAACAGCAGAUCAGCAGCAGCAGCAGAUCAGCAGCAACAGCAGAUCAGCAGCAACAGCAGAUCAGCAGCAGCAGCAGAUCAGCAGCAGCAGCAGAUCAGCAGCAGCAGCAGAUCAGCAGCAGCAGCAGAUCAGCAGCAGCAGCAGAUCAGCAGCAGCAGCAUAUCAGCAGCAGCAGCAGCAGCAGCAGCAGAUCAGCAGCAGAGCAGCAGCAGCAGCAGAUCAGCAGCAGAGCAGCAGCAGCAGCAGAUCAGCAGCAGAGCAGCAGCAGCAGCAGAUCAGCAGCAGAGCAGCAGCAGCAGCAGAUCAGCAGCAGAGCAGCAGCAGCAGCAGAUCAGCAGCAGAGCAGCAGCAGCAGCAGAUCAGCAGCAGAGCAGCAGCAGCAGCAGAUCAGCAGCAGAGCAGCAGCAGCAGCAGAUCAGCAGCAGAGCAGCAGCAGCAGCAGCAGAUCAGCAGCAGAGCAGCAGCAGCAGCAGAUCAGCAGCAGAGCAGCAGCAGCAGCAGAUCAGCAGCAGAGCAGCAGCAGCAGCAGAUCAGCAGCAGAGCAGCAGCAGCAGCAGAUCAGCAGCAGAGCAGCAGCAGCAGCAGAUCAGCAGCAGAGCAGCAGCAGCAGCAGAUCAGCAGCAGAGCAGCAGCAGCAGCAGAUCAGCAGCAGAGCAGCAGCAGCAGAUCAGCAGCAGAGCAGCAGCAGCAGCAGAUCAGCAGCAGAGCAGCAGCAGCAGCAGAUCAGCAGCAGAGCAGCAGCAGCAGCAGAUCAGCAGCAGAGCAGCAGCAGCAGCAGAUCAGCAGCAGAGCAGCAGCAGCAGCAGCGGAUCGACGAGCAUUCAAGAGACUUGAAUCGACGGAGCAAGGGCUGACAGCUUUUAGAUACGGAGACUGA